GGGGCGCCCCCUUCGGUCUUUGCCAGCGGCCCGCGGCGUGGCCGGCGUUAGGGAGCCGUUUGGAAUCCGGCCUCGGGAGGCGGACGAAUCAUGGAGCCAGAGAAGGAGAAGACCGGGAGGCUCCCCAGGAAGGGCAGGAAGAGGAGACGGGUCCUCAACAAGCUGAUCAGGACCCCCGAGGCGAGGAUAUCCGGUUCCGAUCCCGUGGACAGGCAGCCCGAGCCCAAGAGAGCCCGAUUGGCUAGCAUUUUAAUUGCUGAAAACUGUGAAGUAACCCAUGAACAGUUAUGUGAGUUGCUGAAGUAUGCAGUUCUGGGUAAACCCGAUAUUGAGAAACCCAGGUGGUGCCAGCUUCUUUACCAAAGCCAACUGAAGAGAAUAGUGGUUGUCAUCCUUCAAGGGAUGAGUCAACUACACUUCUACAGGUUCUAUUUGGAGUUUGGAUUUCUCCGAAAAGCCUUCAAACACAAAUUCCGCUUGCCUCCUCCAUCAUCUAAUUUUCUAGCUGAUAUUAUUGGGCUACAAAAUAAAGAAACAGCUGGAUAUCUGCCUAAGACCAUCGAAGGAUCUUUACCGUCUACCAUUACAAAACCUAACAUCAACCUGCAGAAUGACCCUAUCAUUCAAAAGUAUGGCUCUAAAAAAGUGGGCUUGCUCCAGUGCCUUCUGACAGAGGAGGAAAUGAAAACAUUUAACUUUCCAUUACAAGGUUCUCCUGACUGUGAAAACUUUAUAACUAUCAAAUGUAAUGGAUCUGUAACAGAUAACAGCCCUCUCUUUGGGCUUGACUGUGAAAUGUGCAUCACAUCCAAGGGGAGAGAACUAACUCGCAUCUCACUGGUUGCUGAAGGAGGAUCAUGUCUUAUGGAUGAAUUGGUCAAACCUGAUGACAAGAUUAUAGACUACGUCACCUGCUAUUCAGGAAUCACGAAGAAGAUGCUUAACCCAGUGAAGACAAAAUUGAAAGACGUUCAGAGGCAGUUAAAAGCACUGCUUCCUCCUGAUGCGGUGUUAGUAGGUCAUUCCGUAGACCUUGAUCUCCGAGCAUUGAAAAUGAUUCAUCCAUAUGUUAUUGAUACCUCAUUGCUUUAUGCCAGGGAGCAGGGCAGAAGAUUCAAGCUAAAGUUCUUAGCCAAAGCCAUUUUGGGGAAGGAUAUUCAGUGCUCAGAAAGAAAUGGUCAUGAUGCCACAGAGGAUGCUACAGCGACCCUUGAAUUAGCUCAGUAUUUUCUCAAGUAUGGCCCAAAGAAGAUUGCAGAACUCAAUCUGGAAGAGCUAUGGAGAGACCAAGAAAUAAGAAAUAUAAGAGAAAAGUUUCAGUACACAUACAAAAGUGUUUUGAAAUGUUUAGAUUCAGUUGAUCAGAAGCUCCUUUUUUUAUCCCGAGAGACAGAUAAUAUUGAACUCCCUUCUAAAAAUUGUGAAACUAUUAAGUGCCUUUCAAAUAAAGAGGUCUUUGAGCAGGCCAGAAGGCAAGUCGACUUCCACCCAUUCAGUAUUGUUCAGUUCUCUUUUGAGCCUUUUUCACCUCUCCUCACUGAGGAAAUGAACAAAAGGAUGCGGAUCAAGUGGACAGAGAUGUCAACUAUCUAUGCUGGGCCAUUUAGCAAAGAUUGUAACCUAAGGGCUCUGAAGAGGCUAUUUAAGAGCUUUGGCCCAGUUCGUACAAUGACUCUUGUUCUUGAAACUCAUCAGCCUCAUCUCUAUAUACGGUAUGAAGUCCUGGAAGCUGCCCAGCUGGCCAUAGAGUCCUUGAAUGGCGUUCUGGUAGAAGGUGUAUACAUAAAGGUACAGAGACCUGUGACAGAACUCACUCUGGAUUGUGACACACUUGUUAAUGAGCUGGAACAAGAUUCUGAGAACCGAGAUACUAUUUAUCUGUCUGGAGUUAGUCAAAAUUUCUUAGGACAUCUUCAGGAAUUGCCAAAUCUCUUUUUUGGUCUGGAAGCUGUGAUCGUGCCUACAGAUCCUAAAAGCGGAAGACAGAAAAAAUAUUGUUUCCUGAAAUUCAAAACUUUUGGCAAUGCCCAGAGGGCCCUCCAUAUCCUAACAGGCAAGGACUGGAAGCUGAAAGGCAGGCAUGCCCUAACCCCCAGGCACCUCCAUGCAUGGCUUAGGGGCUUACCACCUGAAUCAAGAAGGCCCCCAGGUCUUAGAGUUAGACCUCCUCCCUCAGAGCAGGAGACCUUGCAGAAUUUAAAGGCGGACCACCCAAAGAUAGCAGCCUGGCGUUGGAGCCGGAAGAUUGGAAGGCUCUACCAAAGCCUGAGCCCAGGUACCCUUUGUGUCAUCCUCCUGCCAGGAACCACUAGCCCUCAUGGAUCUCUAUCUGGCCUCGGACUCAUGGGAAUAAAAGAUGAUGAAGAGGAGGAAAGCACCACCCCAAGCAUGGGUUUGUGAGUCUGCUCGUCACUUGCCGUUUCUUAUCCUUCCUGGGCAAUGGUGGAGAAGACGGUCAGGCUGCAGCUUCUCCAAAGACUGCUGGGCCUCUUCAUUCAGUGGACAGCUUUGUGUGGGAAGUUGGUGUACCGGCUAACAGGUCUAAUCCAUUUACAUGGCAUGCACAAGUUUUCAAUAAAUGCCUAAAAUUCAAGCCUUCCUCAUCUUAAGACAGGGUGAGGGCGGAAACUA